GACCUCCCCUCGGCAUCUCAGGCAGCCAGGCCCUUUCUGACCCCCUGCCUCUACCGCCCGUGAGACCCGUGGCCCCAGUGCGGGCGAGCCGUUUAGGAGUCCUUGCCCGAGGAAAUCCGGUGAAGGAAUACAGAAGAGGAAGGCGCCGGUUGCUUUGUACUGAAGGAAAAGUAGCGCGGCGCUCCAGCUUCCAUCUGCUGGAGAAGUGCACUCACCCAUCCUUGGGGGGCCUUGCAAGAGGACUGCGCACCAGAACGGCUUUCUGCCAGGCCCCGGGGCUGCGCUUUCCAUGCUCUAGCAGCCACCCCUUCUAGUUUAUGCAAGUAGAUUUCUGAUCUCUGAAGCAUCACAACAGCUGCAUGGUUCUGAUAAUUAAAGAGGUUUGGAGGUUGCUAUGUUAAAGCUGCUUGUCCUUGGAGUAUUGCUUCAUGGUGUUUCACUGAGUUGCCAAGAUGAGGCUUCUCCCAAGGCUGAUGGCAUUCCAGGCGAACCUCUGUUUAACUAUGCCAGUAUCCGCUUGCCCAAGGAGCACAUUCCCUUCUUUUUGCACAAUAACAGGCAUAUCGCCACGGUCUGUAAGAAAGACUCACAUUGUCCUUAUAAGAAACACUUAGAGAAUCUAAAAUACUGCUGGGGUUAUGAGAAAUCCUGCAAACCAGAGUUCAGAUUUGGUUACCCUGUCUGCACCUACGUCGACAUGGGAUGGACAGAUACCCUUGAAUCCGCCCAGGACAUAUUCUGGAAACAAGCUGACUUUGGAUAUGCGGGAGAGCGUCUGGAGGAACUGCAUGUGCUCUGCCAGCCUAAGGAAACGCAUGACUCAAGCCUGGUGUGUUCCCGUUAUCUUCAGUACUGCAGAGCAUCCAAUCUCUAUCUUGAUUUAAGAAACAUCAAGAGAAACCAUGACAGAUUUAAGGAAGAUUUUCUCCAGAGUGGUGAAAUCGGAGGACACUGCACACUGGACACUCGGACAUUGAUGUCUCAAGGUCAGCGCAAAAGCCCUCUGCAGUCUUGGUUUGCUGAGCUGCAAAGCUAUACUCAGCUCAACUUCAGACCUCUAGAAGAUGCUAAAUGUGACGUUGUUAUUGAAAAACCAACCUACUUCAUGAAACUGGAUGCAGGUGUUAACAUGUAUCACCACUUCUGUGACUUUAUCAAUCUUUAUAUUACUCAGCACGUUAAUAAUUCAUUCGGCACAGAUGUAUACAUCGUGAUGUGGGACACAAGCUCCUAUGGAUAUGGUGACCUGUUCUCUGACACCUGGAAAGCCUUUACUGAUUAUGAUGUUAUACAUUUGAAAACUUAUGAUUCCAAAAGGGUAUGUUUUAAAGAAGCUGUUUUUUCCUUACUCCCCCGGAUGCGAUACGGGCUGUUCUAUAAUACCCCUUUGAUAUCUGGCUGCCAAAACACGGGAUUAUUCAGGGCAUUUUCCCAGCAUGUGCUACACAGACUGAACAUCACACAGGAGGGACCCAAGGACGGAAAAAUCCGAGUCACCAUCCUUGCACGGAGUACAGAGUACCGGAAAAUACUAAACCAAAAUGAGCUGGUAAACGCACUGAAAACGGUAUCUACACUUGAGGUUCAGAUUGUCGAUUACAAAUAUAAGUAA